AUGAACAUGCUGGAUGAAUGGAAGCGAAGCCAGAGACAAAGAACGAAGUAUCGAUCUGCAGUGCAUGUAAGUCCGAGGAGAUGGGCACCACCACUGCCAGGGUGGGUGAAGAUUAAUGUAGAUGCUGCUGUUUUUACGGAGACUGGGUACACUGGUAUAGGCAGUGUUAUGCGGGAUGAGCAGGGAAGGUUUAUAAGAGCUAAAAAUCAGAGGAUUGCCGUAGCCUACCAACCACGAGAAGCGGAAGCCAUAGCAUUGAAGGAAACUCUCUCCUGGGUGAAGGAUCUUGGGUACAGGAAAUGUAUUUUUGAGACGGAUGCUAAAACACUUGCAGAUACAUGUAAAGUGGCUCAUACUCUUGCCAGGACUACUCAUUCUACAUCAGGCAUCCAUGAUUGGGCUGAUAAUGCUCCGGAUUUUCUUCAUGAUGUAUUGGUGAUUGAUUCAGUUUAA